ACUCAUCCUAAAGACAGUGUUCACAACAAGUACCAGUCUUUCUAUUCACCAAGCAAUAUUUAUCUCACGAUGCCAAAGUCUACCAAGCGAAAAUAAUAGAAAAAAAUAGAAGACUUCAAAAAACCCCAAAAAAAGUAAAAAAAACUUCAAAACAACCGAAAAAAAUUAAAGGAAAGAACGUUUUGAAGUGUAUAUGGAAAGCGUUCUCGAGUCAAGUAGAGUGGUAUUUUAUUUCAGCUAGAAGAGUCAAGAAUGUGUCAAGUGUGAAAAAAUUGUGAGUUCUUGAGCGAAGGCAUACAAGAAGAUGAUUUUCUGAGAAGAGGAAAAAUUAUUUUGAAAGAAACUCGAGAAACAAAAGAACGAAGACAACAACGUCGACGCUCUGCUGUUACUCCACCACCUCAAGAUGAGAUAGAUCAUGAAGAUGAGGAAAAUCAAUCACCCUCACCACGCCGAACAUUAAAUAUAUAUUUAAUUGAAGCUGCAAUAGCCAACAGAGAUGCUGCCAGAUUGUGUUGUGACGUAGCAGCAGCAAUUAAACGUUUACAAGAACUAUGA